AUGGUGGCGAGCGGAGCUCUUGGAUUAAGUCGAUCGGCACCAGCCGCUGCGCUGACGAGUGUCCAUCUGCCUUACGAAGACCAGAAUUGGACAGUAUAUGCAGGUGAGCGCGCCAAUGCGGCAUCGGUGCUCUUGGCUGGCGUGCCUCCGCGAAAACAGACCACGACAUUGUUGACGCUGGAUGAUCCCUAA